UCGCUCAAGCUUCCAAAGGAGAGAGGAGGCUACAGUUAGGUUGGCUAUGCCCCUCUAUUUCUCUCUAAAGAUGAAAAAGAUAAAAUCGAAUAGAAAAAAAUAAAAAAUCAAAAAAAAAGAAAAAGAAAAAAGAAAAGGUUUUGAUACGAGAGCAAACCAGAGGAGCAGAUUCUCAAAUCACCAAGAGCCUCUCGAUUUCUCCCUCCAUCCUCUUCGCCGGCGUUCAACCUUGACGUUACACCUUUCUACGUCCCACGUUUUGACGACGUUGAUCCGAGAUUCUUAUGGAGGAUUUGCUUCCUCAUCAGAUAGACUUGGCAUUGGAACAUAUUUUUUGAAGAAGCUUAUAUAGCUAGCUAGGGUUCUUACGUGUGGUGAAGAAUACGUGGAGUACAAUUAUCCGUAUAUCUCUAGGAGUUGGAUUUUGAUAUUCUGGUUAAUGUACAUUUUGGACUUGAGAGUUUUGGAUUCCUUUCUUGAAAAAUAUUUCAAUUUUUUUGACGGAAGCUUACUUCUUGGUAACUACCAUGCAUGGGUUAGAUAGGGACUCGUCUUCAUGCAAUCAAAUGAGAUUCGAGUGAUGUUAAACGAUUUUGCUGGAGAAUGUUCCUAAAGGGAACUAGUUAUUUUCCGUUGCAAUGGCUGAGAGAGACGUCGAACAGGCCAUUACGUCACUUAAGAAAGGUUCCUACUUGCUGAAAUACGGUCGUAGAGGGAAGCCUAAGUUCUGUCCAUUCCAGCUCACAAGUGACGAGUCAACAUUAGUAUGGUACUCUGGCAAAGAAGAGAAGCAGAUUAAGCUGAGUCAAGUCCUCAGAAUUGUUCCUGGACAACGCACGGCUACAUUUAAGAGAUAUCCACGCCCUGAGAAAGAGUAUCAGUCCUUUUCACUUAUAUGUCCUGACAGAUCCUUGGAUUUGAUAUGUAAAGACAAGGAUGAAGCAGAAGUGUGGGUCGUAGGUUUGAAGGCACUGAUUACUCGUGUAAAAAUCUCCAAAUGGAAAAACACUAUCAAACCUGAGAUCACUUCACCAGAAUGUCCAACACCUCAAGCACGGAGAGUGUCUCCCUUCGUAUCAAUCCUUGAUCAAGUUACUCAGCCUUCUAGUGAGGCUUCUACACCAAGCCGGUUAGGAAAAGUCUUUUUAGACAUUGUCUCAAUAACUGCACCACCCAAUAACAAUCAGACAGAAGCCAAUACUUCCAACCUCUACUGCCCUAUUUCUCCUGGGAACGUCGAAAGCUCACGGUUCUCCACAGGCGGUGACCUGGCUAGGCUCAGUCUAUCUAGCGCUGUCAGUACCUCUAGCCACGGCUCGUUUCACGAAGAGUUUGAUGCUCUAGGUGAUGUUUUCCUCUGGGGUGAAGCUAUAAGUGACGGUGUACUAAGCGGUACUGGAAAGACGUUACAUUCCACUACAGAAGAUGCACUUUUACCUAAAGCGUUGGAGUCCACAAUAGUCCUCGACGCUCAAAACAUAGCAUGUGGUAGGUGUCAUGCCGUUUUAGUUACGAAACAAGGAGAGAUCUUCAGCUGGGGAGAGGGGACAGGGGGGAAACUAGGACACGGCUUAGAAAAAGAUACUCACCAACCAAAGUUCAUUAGUAGCGUCAGAGGAAUGAAUUUCAAAUCUUUAGCGUGUGGAGAGUUUCAUACAUGUGCUGUCACUCAGUCUGGUGAUCUUUACAGUUGGGGUGAUGGAACUAGGAAUGUAGAUUUGCUUGGGCAUGGGAGUGAAUCCAGCUGCUGGACUCCCAAGAGAGUGACCGGUGUGUUACAAGGGAUGCAUGUGGCUUAUGUUGCUUGUGGUCCUUGGCAUACAGCAGUGGUUGCAUCGUCAGGACAGCUGUUUACAUUUGGAGAUGGAUGUUUUGGUGCUUUAGGUCAUGGAGACAGAAGAAGCUCUAGUGUUCCGCGCCUAGUUGAAAGCUUAAGUGAAGUAAAAGUAAUGAAGGUUGCUUGUGGUGUUUGGCAUACAGCAGCAGUGGUGGAGGUUACAAAUGAAGCAUCUGAUGCAGAGCUUCUCUACUCUUCUUGCGGACAACUGUUCACAUGGGGAGAUGGUGAGAAAGGACAGCUUGGUCAUGGUGACAAUACGGCAAAGCUACUCCCUGAGUGUGUGACCUCAUUGACAGAUGAAAACAUCUGCCAAGUUGCAUGUGGACAUAGUCUCACUGUCUCUCUUACAUCCAAAGGACAUGUGUAUACAAUGGGUAGCCCGGUUCACGGCCAGCUGGGGAACCCUACGGCCAAGGAGAAGGUCCCUUCACGCGUGGAAGGAGACAUAGCAGAGAUUUGUGUAGAGGAGAUUGCGUGUGGCUCUCAUCAUGUGGCUGUGUUGACAUCUAAAUCAGAGGUAUACACUUGGGGGAAAGGAUUAAAUGGACAGUUAGGACAUGGAACCGUUGAGAACAAAAGAGAGCCUGUUUUUGUUGGGUUCUUGAAAGAAAAACAAGUCAAGGCUAUAACAUGUGGAUCUAACUUCACUGCUGUGGUUUGUCUUAACAAAUGGGUACCUGGCUCUGAACAUUCUCUCUGUGCUGGCUGCCGUAACCCUUUCAACUUCAGAAGAAAACGACACAACUGUUACAACUGUGGUCUCAUCUUUUGUAAAGUAUGCAGCAGUAGAAAGUCUCUGGGAGCUGCUCUUGCGCCUGAUAUGAACAAACCAUAUAGAGUGUGUUAUGGAUGUUUCACCAAGCUGAAAAGGUCUAGAGAACUGUCUCCUCCUCCACCAACUCCACCUGCAAGAAACCUUUUGAAUAUGCGAAAAUCGACAGAUGUUCCGGAAAGAACUCAAAAACUCCUCUCACCACACUCUAGAAUAGCCUCAGCUGACUCUUUAGUGCAACAUGGUGAAGGAAAACACAACAAAAGAGAGUUGAAACCGGAAGUAAGUAACCAUAAUGUCUUCUCGGUGGGUAGUUUACAGCCAGCUAUGGCGCCAAAUUUAAGAGGUUCAAUAGCUUGGCCUAGAAUCUCCAAAAGUAUGAUAGUUAAAGUUCCUGGUUCACGUGCGAGCUCUCACACAGCGUCUCCAGUUUCAGUAAAGUCAACUAGUCCACGCCCAUCUUAUGAAGUAGAUGAAGGUAGGCAAAUAAAAGACAGUUUUGGUCAAGAAAUGGUGGGUCUAAAGGAACAGGUUGAACAACUUACUUCCAAAACACAAGAACUUGAAGAGGAGCUUGAGAAAACUAAAAGACAGUUGAAAGUGGUCACUGCAAUGGCAGCAGAUGAAGCAGAGGAAAACAGAUCAGCAAAAGAGGUUAUUAGAUCUCUAACCACUCAGGUACGUUCAUCUUACUUCUUAUGUUUUCUUAUAUUGAAUUUUCGCAUAAUGUUAACAAUGGUUUUACAGUUGAAGGAAAUGUCUGGAAGAUUACCUCAUAAGGAUGAUACUAGCACUAACUUAAGACACACAGAGAAAGAGACAACAUCAGAAAGUCAAACUAGUUCCCAGACACAUAUAAGAAGUAUGGUCCCUCAUGAUAGUCAAUCAGAAAACAACUUAACAAGUAAGAGUUUGGUUAAUGGACAUAGAAGACAGAAUGAGAAGGCAGAGAGAGUUGUGCAAGACGAACCUGGAGUAUAUUUGACAUUGUCGUCUUUACCUGGUGGUGGUAAUGAACUUAAGCGUGUCCGGUUCAGCCGGAAACAAUUUACUGAAGAACAGGCAGAGAAGUGGUGGGGUGAAAAUGGAGGUAAAGCUUGCGAGCGACACAACAUUCUAAUUUCCUAGUAUCUCAUCUGUCUUAAGAAAGAGAGAGAGACAAAGACAAAGAAAAGAUAGCAACAUGUAGAAUAAAUAGAGAAACAUAUGUUUUGAGAGUUAAAGCCAGCAUGUUUUCUGCUAUCAAUAGAAAAAAAAAGUAUGAUGGAAAAUUACAUUUCAUUUGUAUUUUUCUGAGUAUUGCGUGGUUCACAAGGAAUACGAGCAUUUAAACGAGGAACA